CUCAGUCAGUCUGCGCCGAGACCCUACAUGAACAUUUAGUUUGACACUUUUCUCUUCGCUUGCUGGAGAUCCCCCCCAUUCCACAGUCAGGAUGGCUCGGGACAUGUCCGAUAAGGAGAUCCUGAAAAUGGAGCUGGAGCAGCUGAAGAAAGAAGUGAACACAGCGAGGACACCCGUGAGCGCAAACUGCACAGAGACGAUCUCCUACGUGGAGGCGCUGCUACCCAAUGACCCGCUCAUCAAGGGCGUCCCCGACGACAAGAACCCCUACAAGGGCGACAAGGGCGGCUGCGUAGUCACAUAGCGCACGGCUGGAACUUUGGACGUCCUGCGGCACAAUUUCCACAGCACGGUAGCGAGA